GCAGCCAAAAUAACCGCUGUCCUCAGAAGACUGCGUUUAAGAACAGAGAGGGCUCUACCCACUGCAGCCCAAGCAGACUCCCAUCCACCAUGGCUGCCAUCUGGCUUCGAGAAUUUGUUGACCGCCGCCCAAUGAUCCCGUCCAGUAUAUUCAUCACUCAUCAAGGAAAGGACGUCCAAGGAUAUUACCCUGGGCAGCUGGCAAGGGUCCACUUUGAUUCUACUGCAAAGAGACCUUCCAGACCUCUCAUAGACUUGACAAUUCCACCCAAGAGAAAGAGUCUGUAUGAGCCUCAACUAGACCAGCAAACUCUCAUUCGAUAUAUUUGUUUCCGAAGACACUCAAAGCCCAGUGAACCAUGGUAUAAAGAAACCACCUACCAAAGAGACUAUUCUCUGCCAUUUUACAAGAUCGAUUGGGACCAGAAAUUAGCCACAAUUUCAUCGAAUCCUAGACCAGUAAAUUCACUCCCAGAGUUGUACUGUUGUGAAGAGAGGCAGCUUUGAAAGAAAACCUUUUAAAUUUAAAAUAACCAUGGCAUUCGAACAAAACAGUUGGAGUUCUUAGGUGACUCCUUUAGAUUAAAAUAAUAACAGAACUACUUAUGAUUUAAGUGUGUAUCCAGAUGGUUACAGUCCUGAAAUAUUUACAUGGUAAAUUCUUUUCGGAAUAAGGUGAUCAGCGGGCAGGGCAUCAAGAGUCAAGUUGAAGAGAACUCGUCAUCUGUUCUCACAUCAGCCCCAACACCAGUCUCAUUGCUGGUGCUGACCAGCCAUUUUACGUGUAAUCCAAUGGUUAUAUGGGGGACCAGGCAGGAUAUAACCUCCUCGAUAACUGCAUCACUCACUAGUGGGGAAAAAAGGAGAAUCUGGGGAUGUAGCCAAGAAAGAAGACCGCCAGCACCGCAGACCCUAAAGGAGUUCUGGAUGCAGAAAAGCAGAUAUGGCUUAGGGCUGCAGUGAGCUAUGAGGCUGGUAAAAGACAAAAAGAAUUGAGUCUGUACACGGAGAGUUAAUACCCCAUCUGAACAACUGGGCAUUGAUUCCCCAGGCAAAAGCUAGAGGGUCUUUUCUAAAGAAAUGAAUGAUCCCAAAGAAAAGAAUCCUACAUUCUGGACUGUAGUAACCCCCCAACAUACAAGUUAGUUCCCUACUCAACACCCCAAAGUGAAGCCUACCAGUUGACAAACUUCCCCCAGGAACACAAUUUCUGGUCGUGUCCCACUGCCAUAGUCUUAGAUGUGAAGAGCCAACCAUCACCUGAAAGUUGGAAAAAUAACAUAACAUGAAAGAGAACGACCAAAAUAAAGAGAAGAAACGAUCCCAGCGGAAACAAUUCAGGGAACACCAAGGAAUCUAAAACAAGCUAACAAAGUAACAUUGUCAUCUGACAAGGGAUGUGUCAAAAUAAUUGCAUCCACAAACACGAGCAAUCUUUCCAAAGCUCUUGGAAAUCAAAAAUGUGAUUGCUACAAUUAAAUACUGGAUAGGCUUGGAAUAAAAUUCUGAAAAACUCUAUAUGGAAUAGAAAAGCAAAGAAAAUUAUUGUUUUAAAAGAAGAGACACAGAGGGGCACCCGGGUGGCUCAGUGAGUUAAGUGUCCGACUCUUGGU